UCUCUAUAUAAAUGGAGCAGAGGCUCUGUGUAUAACAGUCGAAAACGACUCGCGAACGCGCGUGCCUAUGUAUCGCUGAUAAGAGAUCGGUCCGUUUGGUUUGACGGAAGAUAAAAACAUGAAGAUUUCAUUGCUAAUAAGUUUCAUAAUAUUGUUGUCUUGUGAGUGGAGUGAGGGAACGCCUACAAGACAAGUGGUGAAGCCCACCAACGAGGUGGCGGAUAACGGCUUGGAUGACACGGAUCUACUGCUCGCGUUCGUGGUUUUCCGUCAUGGGGAUCGCACACCAGACCAGGAUGAGCUGGCGUUGUACCCCGACGCUGAAUCUUCCAACAAAAAUAUAUUCUUUCCAUUUGGAAAGAAAGCGCUGACAAAUAAAGGCAAACAGCGUGGCUUCGCUGUAGGGAAAUACUUGAGGAAACGUUACGACGGUUUCCUAUCCCGAUUGUACCUGCCGGACGAGAUUACUGUGCGGACUACCGCAUUUGAUAGGACGAAGAUGACCGCCCUCACUGCACUCGCAGGACUAUACCCGCCGCCACCAGCGCAAAGGUGGAACCCACUUCUAGACUGGCAGCCUGUUCCCUACGAUACCCUAGACGGAGAUACCGAUGAUCUGCUAUACUACUACAAUUGUCCACGGUAUAUCGCACUUAGAGAUCAAGUGUACCAGCAGCCGGAAAUCAAGGAAUCCUUGGUUCCUUACGAAGGCUUGUUUCACUAUUUGCAGAAGCACACUGGAAUGAAUAUAACGUCUCCUGAACAAGUGUUUUAUUUAGAUAAUCUUUUCCAGACAUUGAGAAACGUUGGUGUAAAUCCACCGAAAUGGGCACAAGAAGUAAUGCCGGAAAUAAAGGAAGUCACCAAGAUCGAAUAUGCAGCUGAAUUUUACACCCCUGAACUUGUGCGUCUAGCAUCAGGUAUUUUCAUGGAAGGAUUAAUAAAUGCCAGCAAGUCAUAUAUAGCUGGAGAUACAGAACAACCGAAAACGCGGUUGUAUUCAGCUCACGAGAACAACGUAGCAGCCGCCAUGGCGGCAGCCAGAGUGUUCAUACCGCAUCAACCACAAUAUGGUUCUACAAUAUCUAUAGAAUUCAGGAGGGACAAAUCAACGGGCAGUUACGGUUUUGCGGCGGUGUAUUCUCCUGAGGCAGGUGGGCCGGGAAAAAUCCUCACUGUUGAUGGUUGUGACGGCAAGGCGUUAUGCGACUACGACAAAUUUCUCACUCUAGUCCAGGAUGUGCUAAUGUCAAAGGAAGAAUAUAAGGCUGAAUGUGCAAUACUGCCUUAAAUUAGUGGAAAUUAUAACUGCUGAUUAUGUUACCGAUAUUAUUUAUUGAGACUUUUAUUAACUUUAUUACCGAACUAUUCUUAUUUUUCCAAGAAGUAAAAAAUGAUCAGAUAAUUCAACAUCACCUGAAGGUAGGCUGGUAGAGAAUGCUUAUGCCAUUAAGUACACCUGUAUAUAUAUAAUACAUUUUAAAUAUAAGUAAAUACAAUGGUACUCUUACCAGUGGAAAUAAAUAACGUGUAACAAUAAAGUGGCUGUGAAACUUAAAGGA